CCUCACCCUCGUCUCUCCUUUCUCUCCGUCCCUCGCAGAAUCUCCGCUUUGCUCUUCGUCUUCCCUUCUCGUCUUCGCCGAUCUCUCUCUCUCUCUCUCUCUCUCUCUCUCUCUCUCUGUAGAUUCUCAGGUGAUUUCCGAUGGCGACCAAAAGGAUCGUGAAGGAGCUCAAGGAUUUGCAGAAGGAUCCCCCCACAUCUUGCAGCGCCGGUCCUGUUGCAGAAGAUAUGUUUCACUGGCAAGCAACAAUUAUGGGUCCCCCAGAUAGCCCUUAUGCUGGGGGUGUUUUUCUCGUAACUAUUCAUUUUCCUCCAGAUUAUCCAUUCAAGCCCCCAAAGGUGGCAUUCAGAACCAAGGUUUUCCAUCCGAAUAUCAACAGCAACGGGAGCAUUUGUCUUGAUAUUUUGAAGGAACAGUGGAGUCCUGCCUUGACCAUUUCCAAGGUGUUGCUUUCAAUCUGUUCUCUCUUGACGGAUCCGAACCCAGAUGAUCCUUUGGUGCCGGAGAUAGCUCACAUGUACAAGACGGACAGGAACAAGUAUGAGACAACUGCAAGAAGUUGGACCCAGAAGUAUGCCAUGGGCUAAAAGAAAAGCAAUUAUUAUUCGCGAGGGCAAAGGCCCCCGCUUUCUCUUCAUUCUCGUCUAUGGAUGUAACAUUCGGAUGAUGUUUAAAUUGGAACUUAAGAACAAAUUCAUAGCAUUUUCUCAGUUAAAAGAAGAAACUCAUAUCUCAAUGUUAUAUUGUUCGGGCAAA